AUGCUGUGGUUGCUGUUUCUGACCCUCCCCUGGCUGGGGGGCUCUGUGCCCAUGACCCCUGACUCCGGCCCAGGGCGUGAGCUGGUGGGCAUAGUGGGGGGCUGUGCUGUCUCAGCCAGGAGGUAUCCGUGGCAGGUCAGCCUGAGGUUCUACAGUAUGAAUCAUGGCCCGUGGCAGCACAUCUGUGGGGGCUCCCUCAUCCACCCCCAGUGGGUGCUGACCGCUGCCCACUGCGUUGAGCCGGACGACCUGGAGGCUUGUGCCUUCAGGAUCCAGGUCGGGCAGCUGAGACUCUAUGACCACGACCAGCUGCACAGCGUGGCUGAGAUCAUCCGCCACCCCAAGUUCAACGUGAGCCUGUCCGCCAUGGGGGGCGCGGACAUUGCCCUGCUGAGACUGGAGAACCCCCUGACGCUCUCUAAGGAUGUGAACCUGGUCUCCCUCCCGGCGGCCUCCCUGAGGGUCCCCUGGAGGAAGAUGUGCUGGGUAACCGGCUGGGGUAACAUCGCGGACAACUCCCCGUGCCGCCUGCCCCCACCCUACCACCUGCAGGAGGUGGAGGUUCCUAUCGUGGGGAACAGGGAGUGUAAUCACCGCUAUCAGAACCUGGACAGCACCGAUCAGGUCAUCAAGGGCGACAUGCUGUGUGCUGGGAGCGAGGGCCGGGACUCCUGCCAGAUGGACUCUGGGGGCCCCCUGUGCCGCUGAAAUUGCACCUGGAUCCAGGUGGGGAUCGUGAGCUGGGGCCAAGGGUGUGGUCACCACGAUUUCCCUGGGGUGUACACCCGCGUCAUGAGCUACAUGUCCUGGAUCUGCCGGCAUGUCCCUCUGUUCCUCAGACCCUAG